CUAAAAUAAGUAAGCAUACAGUAUUCAUGUUUUCUUUCGAUUAAAUGUUCUUAAUUUGAUGUAUUAGUAUAGAUUUAGAAAUUUUUAAAUUGUUUGUGAUGUAAGAAAAUUUGGGAUUACAAUUAUUAACACUGUCUUAAAAAUGUUAUGAAUGCUAAAGGAAAAAUAUCUUCGUUUUCUCUCUUAUACGGCAUGUUCGUUAUGAUUGUGUUAAAUCCUGCAACAGUUUCCACUACCCCACCAUUAUGUCAAUCAAGAUGUGAAGAAGCCGUGCCCAACUUGCGUCGCCUAAAACAGCUUUGGCAUACGUUAUCAAAACGAGAAGGAACAGACGACAUAUCGUUUACACAUUUUAUCAGAUCAUUAAUCUAUGCCGCUGGAAGACGUGGUAGUCGUUUCCCACUGAAAAAAGAUUUAAUUAAUAUGGUUUUGGAAUACAAAGACUGUAUGAAAGCUUGUGAACACCAGCACAGUAAACGUAGUGGACAUACAAAUAUAUACAGGCGUUACUACAGCUUAUGUUUCCCCCCACACCAAUGUCUAUUUCGGCAAUGAAUGGAUUUCAACAGUGAAAUACAGACAUUAGUUAUCAUCAGAAAAAAAAUCUGAAAAUUAUUUUCCUAAUAAAACAUGCACGUUGAA